AUGAAGUUACCACCCCCUCCCGCCCUGUCCGGCACACUUGCCACCAACAACGUCCUGUACGAGGCUGAGAGAGUCCACGACGGACAGAUAGCCGCUCCCCACAGCUACGUGCCUCUUGGUGACAGCCUGUUUGCGGUGACCAAGACUGGCCUGGUGAUCAACGUGGCACCCUGCCGUCCUGUCCUACUGGCUGACCUCAAGCCUAGGGGCUGUCGGUCACCCAAGGAAUGUGGACAUCCAGUCAGUAUGCGACUCAACGCGGACAAACAUCUCAUCGUGGUGGACGCCUACAGAGGACUCUUUGACGUGGACCCCGUCACAGGAUUUGACCCGGGCAAUCGUCAGGUCAAGGAAAUUCUGGUAGGUCUGGCCUAUCCUUCUGGCCUUGAACUGACCACUGAUGGUCAAGCGCUGCUGGUCUCAGAGCGGCGAACAAUGCAGCAGCUGAAGAUGAUGUACCACAAGAGAGGGAUGGCUGUCGAGCUGGACGACAGGGGGCGGGUCAGGAGCAGCGUCCAUGACCCCACGGGUCUCAAGGUCUCUGAGGUCAUGGAAGUCAAGGAGACAGACGGCAUGGUCUACAUCGGCAGUCGAGACCAAGACGCCAUCAUACGCUUCCCGCUGCCUAAGUCUUAUGGCACAGACCUCAGCGUCACGUCAACGUUACAGGAGAUCGCUUAG